CUCGUGACGCUGGGCCCGGCGAGUCCACUCGCCUGCGGGAGCGUCCGCCAUUCGAUUGGAAUGGCGGCGACGCGUCGCUAGGCGGAAUCGUGGCGGACUGGAACGACUCCCGCCGCAGUGUGAGCUCGUACAGACGUUCGAUUUCUGUUUCUUCUUUCGCCGUCUGCAUGUGUGCGUCGUCUGCUAAAGAAGCGCCGUAUUGCCACGUGUGGAAUCGUGGACUGGGAGCAAAGCCAAAACCAGGGGGGGCUUCGCGCUCACUGCGAUCGCCAUUUCGUACCUCGCAGGCGGCAUCGAAGCGCUCUCCUCGUCGACUGUGAGCCCUGCGUGUUGUCGUCUGCUGGGCGCUUUGCGCAGGUGUCGGCGACGGACUCGAAUCGACUGUGGAGCGUGGCCUCGAAGAGGUAUUUCGCUCGGUUUUUGUCUCUGAUUUCUUCGCCUUUCUUCGUGGGUGCGUUUGACUGGUUGGCUUCGGCGUUUUGAGGAGCCGAAGUUUUUUAGCAAUAGAAAAAGCGCCCCUCAGUGACAAGACUCUCAAGGAAUUGUGGUGUGCAUGGCACUGCUCUCGUAAUGGCAACACCGCGGAAUCUGGCAGUGGGAAAUGUUUGGACAAUAGGCUCGUGAUCACAUUAAGCUCUGUUGGGUCUGUAUACGCGUACGUCGUCCGUUAGGAGGCAUCGUUGCUUCGUCUCGUUUUCUUUUUUCUUUUUCGCAGUGAAUUUAUGCACGAAGCUGGAUACGUGAAACGUGUUGCGAGGCGGUGAUCGCUGUCUUCGAAAAUUCAUCAGUGUUGUAAUGUUGCCAACAUUUAGCUGGCUGAAUCGAACAGUUGGUGCGUGGGUCGUCGCGCGUGGUCCACGAAACCUACCGACGUAAUAGAGUAAAUGGCACAGCUAUGUGACUGCUUGAUCAGGUAAUGUGGACUGUGUUCCUAUAUUUUUUAUUUAGGAGACGAACUCACUGUUCGGUGUUUCAAGAUCAAGAUGGCCGAUUUCGGCAGCGAUGAAUCGAAGCCACUCGUCGUGGACCUUCAAGAGCGCCAGAGUGCAGCCAUCACCGGAUCGUCGGUGGCCGCGAUAAUCCAUAGACGCACAUUCACCAGGGGGCCCCCGCCGGCAUCCUGGCGCAGGUUCUACAUCACCAGGACGGAAGGUACCAGGCUGAUAGGAACGUGCCUGCUCUGCAGCGAAUACAUCCACGCCACGGCCGGCGUUUCCUCGAACCUGCUGAGACACCUCAAGAGGAAGCACCCGCGAGAGCUCGAGAUAGCGCUGCAUCUUCAGGACGGCAAACAACGAAAGGUCGGCCCGACGACGACAUCCUCCUCUUCUUCCUCUGUUAGCCAAGUGCCAGUGUCGUCUGCAAGCGGAGAUGUACUGGGCAGGUCAGCUCUGCCUCCACCGGUGCCUUACGAACGACCCGCGCUGCAAAUGGCACCCGGCAGCGUUGGCUCCUCCUCGGCGACCGUGUUCAUGACGACGAUGCACGACAGUUCGUCGACAGGCAGCUACAUAUUGUCCGACAUGCCGCACGACGCUGUCGACGACCAAAACAACAGUCUGAGGUUAGCCUGGAGCCUGGACUCGUUGAACACGUCGAUGACGCCUUCUUUCGUGCAGUCCCAACCCAACAACGAGAUGACCGUCCAGACGGUUAGCAGGUACCCGGCCAUUACGACCAACGAUUGCGCAACCACAUCGUCUGUCGACAGUCCGGGAACGUCGUCUGCUACGGCGAGUCCCAGCGUCGUAGUUGACAGCCACGACGGUCCCCGGAGUCGCCGCAAUGAGAUCAACGACGCCGUCCUGGGACUGGUGUGGCGUGACUUGGAGCCAUUCGAAGUGGUGAACAGGCCCGGCUUCCUGCAGCUGAUGAAGGCCACGGCGCCCGACUACGAUCCGCCGACGGCCGAGAAGAUGGCGGACGUCCUGCUUCCCAGGCGACUGGACCAGCUGCGAGAAGCCCUGUCGCCGUCGAUCGGCAAGGCGGCCGCCGACUCCGUUUCGGCGAUCAUCGGCGUCUGGCUCGGCGAGUCAGACGACGUGUACGCGAGCGUCGACGUGUCGUACGCGACGCGCCACUUCCGGACCGAGACGAAGACCGUCGCCUUCAGGCGGGUCGCCGCCGACCAGGACGCCGCCGACGCGGUCCGCGACGUGUUCGAAUCGGCGCUCCAGCGGUGGAACGUCGACAAGAACCACAUCAUGCGAGUUCUGGUGGACAGUCCUGCCCGCACGGCCAAGACCUUCUCUUUUCCCGGCUGGACGAGCGACUCGAGCCACGGAGGAGGCCAGGGAGGCGUGUCCACCCGUUCGCCGGACUCCGGAGAGUUCGACCUGAGCCACGAAAUACUGGAGGAGCUGGACUCGUCCGAACAAGACUGGUCCAUAAGCUCCAAUUAUCGCCUGCACUGUGCCCUGCGGAGCGCAUUCGACGUGGACCAGGACGUGGUCAGUCUUGUGGCCCGGUGCAGCCGCGUCGUGUCCGGCAUCAAGGCCAGCGCCCGCGACGCGGCAACCGUGGCCGGAGCGACGGGCGUGUCCUUCCCGUUCCCGUCCAGCUACUCGGACGAGUGGACCUCGCAGCUGGACUGCCUGCGCGAGCUGUGCUCGGUGUUCACGCAGCACGCGGACCUGCAGGAGCGCAUCUACGCCUGCAAGGAGGUGGGCCUGACCACCAACGACGUGGCGCUGCUGCAGGACCUGCUCGAGGUGCUGGCGCCGCUCGAGGAGGCCACCAACGCCCUGCGACAGCCGCAGGAGACCGUGGGACUGGUCCUGCCCGCGCUCAGGAACCUGCAGGUCAGUCUGACGCGGGCAGUGGCGAGGGACAGCUUCCAGCUGAAGACGAUGGCCGAGAACCUGCUGCGCAGCAUGGAGACGCACUUCUGCCACAGCUGGAACGACCCGGUGCUGCUGGCGGGCGCGCUGCUGGACCCUCGCUUCAAGGUCGCCUGGUGCGACGGGCAGACCGCGUGCAAGAUGAAGGAGGCGAUCGAGAAGCAGCGCGCCGCACUCAACCUCCACUCCCCGCCCGUACUCGCCGUUCAACGCCGCGACGCCGACGCCGGCAACAAGGGCCAGAAGCUGUUCCGGAACAUUCGGAACCUGGACACCUCGUCGACCCAGCAGCCGGGACCGACGACGCCGCUGGGACAGGAGCUGUGCCUGUACCUGUCCGAGGACACGACGGAGGACACCGUGACGCCCCUGGGCUACUGGAAGGCGAAUCAGCCGCGGUUCCCGAUCCUGGCCAGGCUGGCGCUGUCGGUGUUUGCCGUCGGCGGUACGCCUGCCACCGUCGACGAGGUGGCGUCCGUUGCGGCGGCGAUUCAAGCGGCUCGUCGGAAUCGCUUUACCGACGAACAGUUGGAACAGGUGGUGCUUCUGCGAAAACACCUGAUGUAGCGCUGCCUCGAGACCUUGGGGACGCUGUAAGCCGUCCAGGACCGCUAUGCCAUCGCCCCGAGAGUACCAGGCAAUUGUUCGAAGAAGUCGUUCUGCUUGCUGCGCUAUACUGUUCAUACGAAGGACAAAAAGAGAGACAGAACACACAUUGCACGCACAUGUGUGUCUGUCUCGUUUUGGUCCUUCAUAUAAACAGUAUAGCGCAGCAAGCAGGAUGAUGUGAUACCAAACUAGCCCCAGUCGAAGCUUUACUGAACGUUCGACGAAGACAACUGGAUCUGCGAAACUCGUUGGUCAGGAAGUGUCUCUGUGCCGUUCUGAGGACACGGCUGCAGGUGACACGCAGUGACUCAUCGGUUACUAAAAGACAAAUCGCCGCGAUCCGUGGUUGUGGGUAGCGCGGCCUGGCUGGUGGUGACUGGUGGCUGGUGGUGACUGUUUGCCGUGGGUGGCACGUUGACCACCGACAAAGAGGUGACGUCUGUUACGGUGGCGACCCAAGCGGUACGUCGGCAUCGCUUUGCCGAUGGGCAGUUGGAACAAGUGGUGCUUCUGGAAAGACGCUUGAUGUCGCCUCGCCUUCAGGAGUGAGUGGUUGACGAUGUAAGCGGUGCAAGACUGCCGUGCUAUCGCCCGGAGUGUACUCUUAAUGUUGUGCAACGAAGCAACCGCACCGACGAAGCCUUUCAGUCGGGAACCUUCGCUGUGCCAUUCUCGGGACACGACACAGGAGAUACGUGACGUCCCUCGGCUAUUGUUCUUUAGGAGCACGUGGUUGUUACGUGAUGUCAGGAGCAAGGCCUUCGAAGUCGUGACUGUGGAUGCUGGUAACGCCGCCAGUAUGUCAGGGUUGUUGUUUUUCAUAUGACCUGCCGCAGAAUGCGUGCGAGAUAAAAGAGAACUUCGUUAA